CAAAGUGCAAUCCACUUGGGUCCCCCAAUUGUUCUUGGGUCGUGUUCCCUUAUACUCGCCCUUUCCCCUGCCACUGUUGUGGAUAUCUGAAAUCUUUCUCUCUCACAUUUUACUCUUGCACAUUUACAAACCCUUUUUAUCCUCUAUAUAUACCCCCACACAUGCAACUCUUUUCUUACAUCACAUUACCUACGUUUCUUCAUUUCUCUCCGUCUUUUCUCUCUUUCUUUUUUUCUCAACAUGGCAGAACUGCACUACCAGGCUAAUACUAAAACCAACAGCGCCACUUCACGUUUAAAACUCUUCGGCUUCAACGUCUCAGAAGACGACGACGUUUCGGAAUCCAGCACCACUACCACAACCACCAACACCAACACCAACACCAACACCACCAAAGCUCCGUUAUCUGAGUCCCCAGAGCCAGGAGGCUUCCCUGCUGCUGGUGACCGCAAAUACGAGUGUCAGUACUGUUGCCGUGAGUUUGCCAACUCUCAAGCCUUAGGUGGUCAUCAAAACGCUCAUAAAAAGGAAAGGCAACAGCUAAAACGUGCUCAGCUUCAAGCCACUCGUAGCGCAGCUGUUUCAUUAGCCAGAAAUCCUAUGAUCUCUGCUUUUGCUCCUCCGCCACAUCUCUUAGCAUCACCUGCACCUGUUGUAGUUCCAGCUGCGGCGGGGCCAUCAUGGGUUUACUUGCCACGAGGUGUGCCACCACCUUUCCACGUUUCACAUGGUUGUGUGAUUCCGACUGGUGGAGGUGGAGGUAGCGUGGGGAGGGUGCCAGCGGUUGUACCUUUUGCGGGUGGUGUGGGGGAUUCGGGUCUAGGCUUUGGCCCGCAAGUGAUGCAAGGCAGGGCCCACCAUGGACGGGCCAUUGAUGGGCCCUUGUUGAGUAGGUUUUCAAAGGGAGAUGAUGGGCCCAGUUUUGAUGAUUCAUUGGGCUUAGAUUUGCAUCUCAGUCUUGCUCCAGCCGGCCGUUGAC